AUGAGUAUUGCUGCAGCAAAUGAUACUGAAACAAAUGAUACAAAGGUUUGUAAGAAUGAAGUUGAACCGACACAGAGCGAACUGGCGACACUUGAGCAUGUUUCGGAUCGAUUUCCGUUCACAACUUGGCUUUUGAUCUUCGGUCAAUUAUGCGAACAAUUCGUUUAUUUCGGUACAUACAUUGUAUUUCAAAAUUACAUUCAAUUUCCAAUACCAACCAAUGGGGAAAAACAAGCAGGAGCACUUGGCUAUGGUCGAAAGAUGGCUACAGCCGUGACGAUGUCAUAUUCAUGUCUAUGUAAUCUAUCACCCAUUGCUGCUGCUAUUAUUGCUGAUCAAUUUUGGGGUAGAUAUAAAACAUUAACUGUCGCCUCGUUCAUCUAUUUCUUCGGUCUGAUCAUACUUGGAUUGNCGAAUUUUGAUUAUACGGUUCAACCAUGUUCAACUUGCCAGAAAUUUAAUAAUAUAACUGUUGCGUGGCAAAUUCCUGCUCGAUUUCUUAUCGGCAUUGGCGAGAUAUUUGCAGUUAUCAGUGGCAUUGAAUAUGCUUAUGUGAAAGCGCCAACUUCGAUGAAAUCAAUCGUCAUGGCACUGUUCGUUUGUGCAAGAGCGGUUGGAAGUUUACUGAAUGUUUCACUCGUACCAGUGAAUACUGAUCCAAUCAUUAUUUGGAUGUAUGUCUCAUUGGCUAUUGGUACGUUUAUCAUUGGAAUCAUCUUUUACCUGUGUCUUCGAAAUGAUGACAAGCAGAUGUUAUUGAAAGGCGCACCAAUACAUGCAGAAUCAACGCUAAAUGUUGCAACAUGA